AUGGCGUCGCUACACAAAGUUGCGGCUCACACGAUGCGGACAGCGGCUCGGCCAACACUCUCACGACGAGUUCCAGCAUUGUGCCGUCACCAGACCGGCGCCGCCGCCGAUGUCCCCGAGCCACCUAUCCCAAUGACCGGCAUUAUAGCGAGAGCUCCGAGCAGCCAAGCGGUCCAAACACCGAGCGCGUCGAUGAUAAGAGACAACCCAGACUACAAUGUGGCGGUGGACUACAGGACGUCCAACUUCUCCCCGAUCCCUGCGAGAGUAAUGGAUGGCAGUGAGCCGGGAGAGACCACACCCGCAGCGGUGCUUUCAGGUGCGCCGGUGGAGCUCCAGGCCCGUACUGUUCGCAUCUACCGCCCCGCCAAACCCGCCACGCAAUCCGGGGACUGGCAUCACCAACACUGGCGCAUGGACUGGGAUGUUAUGUCGAAAGGCCACCGCUGGGAGAACCCACUCAUGGGCUGGCAAUCCAGCGCAGACUUCAUGCAGGGCACCCAUCUCAACUUCAAGAGCAGGGAUGACGCGAUCAUGUUCGCGAACAAGCAGGGCUACGAGUACUUUGUGCAGGAGCCGAACGAGAGGCGGAUAAUACCCAAGGCGUAUGCGAAUCAGUUUGUGCAUCAGCCGAAGAAGUUGAAGCAGAUCAGGACGAAGUAG